CACCAACCGGACCACGUCUCGCCUCGCCUCGUCUCUUCUUUCUCUGUUUUAUUUAUUGUUAGAAGAAGAGGACUCUCCUUCACUGCCUCAUCUUUUUCCUCCCCGGCACAAAUUUCUACCACAAAACAUAUGCGUUUCUUGCCGUAUCUUUCUGCAUCGUAUCAUAGAAACUAGUUAAUCCUCACAUUUUUUUGGAAAUCGAGGGGUACUAGUUUCUAUUUUAGUGAUACAUGAAGAACAGAUCAGAUCAGGACCUCUGCGAGGGAUGCUAGUUUCCACCUCUUCUGACAUGCAGCAAGCUCUAUGAACAACAGAUCUUGAUCCAUUUUCUUCUCGAUUUACUUUAAAUGGGCAUAUUAAGCUUUACUCCCCUCUUCAGCUUUACUUGUUUCUCCAUGGCAGCAAGCUCUACCACACAGAGUAUUAUGCAUCUACCAGACCAAGAUCCCAUCGAUUCGAAGUUGAUUGCCCAAUUUGCAGGUGUGGCUAAUGGCGUGCAUGGCUGCUUUUGCAUCUCCUGGUGCAAGGUCGAGCAGAAGGAUCUCGUCAUCAUUCACAUGAGAUUCAUAGAGGUGUUGACGACAUGCGUCCUCUUCAGGACACCCUGCGCACCAGGUGCGGGGCCUCGAUGGAGUACCCCGACCUCCCCGACUCACUCUAUGAUCGCCCGCCCCCGUACCUCGUCGUCAAGUUCACGCUAAGGAAAAAGGUCAACCAGAAGUUCCGUAAAAACCGCCAAUGCCGUAAGCUCAUUCGCGCCGCCGCCGCCGCCGCAGCUGCCGCCGCCGCCUUUGGUGUGCCUUCUGAUGAGGAUGAGGAUGCUAUAGGCGAGGACCUAUUUGUCUUGGCUUUUGGUCAGAAUGCUUUUGCAUUUUUUGAUGAUGCUGUGGAAGAGGAGGCUGGAGUUGGUGCAGAGGAAGUCGCUGAUUUGUUCCAGGACUUGCUCGAAGAGAAGACAUACAGUGAGGCUGAAGAUGGUGAGUCCGACAAGUAGACGAAUGGCCACCUGUGAAGUUUUGCUAUAUCCUCUAGAUGAAGUCCUUCCCAGUAGACCUCCAAUGUGUCAACUCUUGCCUUAGCCAGUCGGCUGUUUAUUGAACAGUUGGUGAUACUGUUAUGUAGUGUGUACUGGUGGUGUGUACUCGUUAUCUCUGCUUGUUCACUCUGGUAGCGUGUACUUACUCUGUGCUGGGUAGACUCUGGUGGUAUACUCGUGGUUUAUGCCGGUUGACUCUGGUGAAGAUUUGCUUUAUUUGUUGCA